AUGCAUGAAGGUUCUUUCGAGAAUGAACAUCAUUGUCUAAUACCUCUUCCUGAUUCCGAAGUACUCCACGAAUUUCCCUUGCUCAAAGUAUUCAAAGACGGCCGGGUCGAGAAAAUCAGCUGGCCGCCCGUCGAAAUCCCUCCCUCCGACGACCCCACUGCCGGCGUCAGAUCUAAAAACGUCCUCAUAUCCAACGAGCCCGAAAUCUCGGUCCGAAUAUUCUUUCCCAAAUUACCCGACCCGACCCAGAAGUUUUCCCUUAUCGUCUACAUGCACGGUGGCAGAUUCUCCAUGGUGUUAGCCUUCACCCCCCACUAUGACCGCCAUGCCUGCCGCCUCGCUGCCGAAUCCACCUCCAUUGUCGUUUCGGUUGAGUACCGUCUCGCUCCAGAACACCCAAUACCGGCUUCCUACGACGACUCUUGGGCUGUUCUCCGGUGGGUCGCACCCCACAGUACCAGAGAUGGAGCCGAGCCUUGGUUGAACGAUCACGCCGAUUUCGACCGUGUAUUCGUCGGCGGAGAUAGCGCCGGAGGAAACAUGGCUCACACGUUGGCUUACCAGGUCGGAACAAUCAGGUUACCCGGAGUGAAACUCGUCGGGGCGUUUUUGACCCACCCGUAUUUUGGGGGAGUGGAAGCAGAUGAUAAGAUGUGGAUGUACAUGUGUCCGACUAACAGUGGGUUUGAUGAUCCAAGGAUGAAGCUGCCCGUAGAGGAUCUGGUAGUGAUUGGGUGCAAGAGGGUGUUGAUGUUCGUGGCUGGUAAUGAUCAUCUGAGAGAGCCAGGUAGGGCCUACUACGAGUGGCUGAACAAGAGUGGGUGGAAAGGGAGCGUAGAGAUUGUGGAGAAUGAAGGGCAAGAACAUUGCUUCCAUCUGCAUGACCCCACCAAUGAGAAUGUUGUGGCACUGGUUAAAAAGAUUGUUGAUUUCAUCAACCAAUAUUUACUAUUUCUAUUUGUGAUGAAAUGGGGGGUUUUUUUUUUCUCGAGGGUGUAUGGAAUGGCUGGUCGAGAAAUAAUAAUAUUGUUUAUACACUUCAUGGAAUAA